AUGCGAGUGAGGCCAAUCAUGACAGCUCAUUUAACAGAGCAAACUAAUGCCAAAUCUGUAUUUUUAGCGAUAGCAUUCUUUUCCCCUUCAGUCGCGAGCGAUCGUGUCCUCCAGUUGCGCUUCUUCCAAACCGCCUUCACCGGAUCUUCAGGGACACUGUCUGAGGCGACCGGUCCGCUUGGUCCCCCACUUGCUGUCGAUCCGAUGGGCCCGGUCCAAACCGUGGCUGGCCUCUUUCCGUUGGUUCACCUCUCCGCUCUGACCGCACUCAGAGUCCCCAUCUUGAUACAAGUUUAG